AUGGAUCAGUCUGAAUCUAUGAAGACAAAUGCAGAUGAAACAUCAAAUUCGUUGCCAAAAACAACAGAAGCUGAAGUCAUGGUAAAAAAAAAGUUUACACGUGUUAAAUUCAUUAUCAUUGUUACUGUUUUGAUUCUUUUACUUGUUGGUAUACCUGUAAGUAUUGUUUUGACAAAAAAAUCGGAUACAAAAGCAACAAAGAUGAUGGUAAAGACGGUAACAACAACAACACUAAACAUGGAAACAUCAACAACAGGUAGUUGUAAGAGAUAA